GUGAGACCCUGUAUCCAUAAUGGAAAAAUAAAAGAAUUGCAUAUAACCAUACCCCAACCAGUUUUUUUCCCUCUAUAAAAAGGAAGCAGUAUGCCCAGCCCUUUUCAUGCCACCCCCCAACUUGGUCUCGGUGACUAUUGUUUCAGCUCCUCUUUUCUGGUAGCAGCCAUUUCUCCUCAUUGGCCCAAAAAGAGGAGAGCAAGUGUGUUGAUCUGCCCUGGGUCCAUCCACCUGCUCUGUCUCUUUGUCUGCGACGGUGACUGAAUGAAGCGCUGCCUGCCACCUGCCUUUUUGUGCCUCUCGCCCGGCUGUUUGCUGCAUUGGAGGCCUGGCUACAACAUGUGAAAGUGGAUCAAUUGUUUGGAAAGUCAUUUUCCAUCCAGAAGCUUGUCUGAUUCUUAACAACGACCUUGAAGAACAGGGAGCCAAGCUCUUGGCAUCCUCCCUUGGUGGGAUUUGGCUCCAAGUCUGCUGGGUCGCAGCCAGGAGCCUGUUUACUACAUCGGAAGACCCUUCAUGAAAUGUUUUGAACAUCUGUUGAAUACAAUGAAGCUUCUCGACCCCAAAUUUGCCCAGAAGCUGGAGAGGAGGUGUGUUAAAGCUCCACAGCCCACCUGCUCCUGCACUUUGGCAGCUUUGCAGGAAGGUUCUGCUGCCUUGGUUUCAGGGAGCCCCCUUGACAGUGAACUGUCCCUUCGCGUGCAGAAGUCGGGCCUCGCCUCCUUCCUCCCUGGCGGCUCCUGUUUUGUGAAUGAAUUAGGAGGCGGACGCUGGUGCGGGGCUCCUGGCUGGUUGGGGAAACCCUCCCUCGCACCUUCCACGACCUCCCGGGGGUUCGCACCUGUCCGGGCACCAAGAUGCCGGUGCAGCUGACGACAGCCCUGCGUGUGGUGGGCACUAGCCUGUUUGCCCUGGCAGUCCUGGGUGGCAUCCUGGCAGCCUAUGUGACAGGCUACCAGUUCAUCCACACGGAAAAGCACUACCUGUCCUUCGGCCUGUACGGUGCCAUCCUGGGCCUGCACCUGCUCAUUCAGAGCCUGUUUGCCUUCCUGGAGCACCGGCGCAUGCGGCGAGCUGGCCAGGCCCUGAAGCUGCCCUCCCCGCGGCGGGGCUCAGUGGCACUGUGCAUCGCCGCAUACCAGGAGGACCCUGACUACCUGCGCAAGUGCCUGCGCUCAGCCCAGCGCAUCUCCUUCCCUGACCUCAAGGUGGUCAUGGUGGUGGACGGCAACCGCCAGGAGGACGCCUACAUGCUGGACAUCUUCCAUGAGGUGCUGGGUGGCACCGAGCAGGCCGGCUUCUUUGUGUGGCGCAGCAACUACCAUGAGGCGGGCGAGGGUGAAACAGAGGCCAGCCGGCGGGAGGGCAUGGACCGUGUGCGGGACGUGGUACGGGCCAGCACCUUCUCAUGCAUCAUGCAGAAGUGGGGAGGCAAGCGCGAAGUCAUGUACACGGCAUUCAAGGCCCUCGGCGAUUCUGUGGACUACAUCCAGGUGUGCGACUCUGACACCGUGCUGGAUCCAGCCUGCACCAUCGAGAUGCUUCGAGUCCUGGAGGAGGAUCCCCAAGUAGGGGGAGUCGGGGGAGAUGUCCAAAUCCUGAACAAGUACGACUCGUGGAUUUCCUUCCUGAGCAGCGUGCGGUACUGGAUGGCCUUCAACGUAGAGCGGGCCUGCCAGUCCUACUUUGGUUGUGUGCAGUGUAUUAGCGGGCCCUUGGGCAUGUACCGCAACAGUCUCCUCCAGCAGUUCCUGGAGGACUGGUACCAUCAGAAGUUCCUAGGCAGCAAGUGCAGCUUCGGGGAUGACCGGCACCUCACCAACCGAGUCCUGAGUCUUGGCUACCGAACUAAGUAUACCGCACGCUCCAAAUGCCUCACAGAGACCCCCACUAAGUACCUCCGGUGGCUCAACCAGCAAACCCGCUGGAGCAAGUCUUACUUUCGGGAGUGGCUCUACAACUCUCUGUGGUUCCAUAAGCAUCACCUCUGGAUGACCUACGAGUCAGUGGUCACGGGUUUCUUCCCCUUCUUCCUCAUUGCCACCGUCAUACAGCUUUUCUACCGUGGCCGUAUCUGGAACAUUCUCCUCUUCCUGCUGACAGUGCAGCUGGUGGGCAUCAUCAAGGCCACCUAUGCCUGCUUCCUUCGGGGCAAUGCAGAGAUGAUCUUUAUGUCCCUCUACUCCCUCCUCUAUAUGUCCAGCCUUCUGCCAGCCAAGAUCUUUGCCAUUGCUACCAUCAACAAGUCUGGCUGGGGCACUUCUGGCCGAAAAACCAUCGUGGUGAACUUCAUUGGCCUCAUCCCUGUGUCCAUCUGGGUGGCAGUUCUCCUGGGAGGGCUGGCCUACACAGCUUAUUGCCAGGACUUGUUCAGUGAGACGGAGCUAGCCUUUCUUGUCUCUGGAGCCAUCCUGUAUGGCUGCUACUGGGUGGCACUCCUCAUGCUGUAUCUGGCCAUCAUUGCCCGGCGAUGUGGGAAGAAGCCAGAGCAGUAUAGCUUGGCUUUUGCUGAGGUGUGACAUGACCCCCAAGCAGAGCGGGUAAAGUGCAAUGGGUAAGGGAGGGAAGGGGAACAGAAGAAGAAAAGAUGGGGUGGGAGGGAGGAGGGAGUGCUGUGUUUUAGUCUCUUAAUGGUCCAAAGGACACAUCUAAAAUGCAAAGAAUGGUGAUGUAGUGUGGCCUGGAAGCUCUGCUUAGAGGAGGCAGCACUGAUCCCCAGGUGCAGGGCAGGAGCGGCUUCUGUGUUUCCAGGCUGCCUGUCUGCUUACAUCUGCACAUAGGCAGUAGCCUCCCCCUGGGCUCCAGAGGGCACUCAGAAGUGUGCUAAGCCAAGUAAGUCCCAUUUAGUGGCAGCUUGUGAUAGGUACCUGAGUAAUGGCAACCUGUGGAAAGAGGUUCUCUCAGCCCAUCUGAACACAACCAGAGGUGGCAGGAGAAUUUCUACUGAGCGAGCUGGGCUGGUUAUUGUAUGUUACCCCCACCCCACCCCUAAGUAGUCAUCAAUGCAAUAAGAUUGCGCCUGAGAUACAAGUCCCAGAAGGCUGAUCUUUGGGCAUCAGAAAACAGGGUCCAGGAAUGGUGCUUUAUGUGAGAUACUCCACUCCACAUCAGCAUUCCAGGGAUGAGCCAAACCAGCAGGGAGUUAGCACUGAACUGCUUUUAAAAAUGUACACUGAAAAGGAAAGUUUGCCAGGAGGAACAAAGAGAUUGUGGUGGUGCUAAAGGAGGCCAUAAGCUAUAUGGAGGCCUUGCGUGUUCCACCUGGAAAUUGCUCAGACGUCUAGAUGGGCUCUUAGCUUGUCUGUGAUCUCUGCUGGGAAGAUAAAAAGAUUAAGCCCCAACAUGUUCAGAAAAGAAGUGAAGUCUUGGUAUUUUAACCUGUAUACUCUGAAUUCCUCUCAAAUUCAGCUCUGAUCUGAGGCUAAGACGCUCACUUCACCUUCUUCAAAGGCAGUUUUUGAGGUGUAACGGCAGUCACCUCUUCUACUGGGUAAGGUUUUCAAGGUAGCAACUGGGGCACAGCCCAGGCUCUUAUAGAACCCUACACAGGAGGCAAGCCUGUUCUCGGAACAUAUGGGAACUAUGAGGAGCCUCUGAUCAAAUUGGCUACAGUCUUGUAGCUGCUUGGACAGAUUCCUUGGCAGUCGGGUUAGCAUGUGUGACGUUCAGGCUACUGUUCUUGACAAUCAUCUCCAAUGGAAAGCUUUUCAGUGUUCCCAAAGUGAACUCUCAAAUCCAAAAUGGUUAUCUUUAAGACCAUCCAUUCUCCUCAGUGGCUUCUCCAGGGAAUUCUUACAGCCAAGUUGUGACAGUCACUGCACAUUGCUUGCUUCUUUCCAGAAAUCAAACUAGGAGAUGAAACUGGUUCCUGCAUCCUAAGGUUCUUGCUUUCUCUCUUCUGUGGCUGUUUUCCCUCUGCUGCUUUUGGGGAAUGAGGGAAAGCCAUAGUCCAGUGACUUGCAAUUCCAUGCUGUUCUCAGCUUUUGAGUUUAAAACCUGGGAUCCUAAGCCUUUGACUUAGAGGUUGCUUGCUUGCCCUCCAAAUGUCGUUUCUGAAGGGCCAGCUAGCCCGUGCAGAACCAGCACUAACAUGGACAGCAGCAGAGAGGACAAGCCUCUAGUGUACCGAGGUGUUUCCUACAAAGACGCGAAGCGUGCUCUGAGCCACAGAUGGGCAAACUCUGGUGCUUUUCUUCAUCUCCCAUGAACUCAAGGGUUUUCCAGGUGUAGCUAACAGUUGCCACAUCACACAGACUUUUGAGUUUCUGCUAAGACCGGUGGUUGACAUAGGACCCAACCCACGAAAGCUGGAAGGCAGCAAGCAUUUGCUAAGGCAGCUGCUCCAGGCAAUCAUUCUGCUGGCCAAGAAGUAAACUAUUUUGAGCAUUAGAAUGGAGGAAAUCCGGUCAACCAAGUGCAGAGUUCAGACUUCACUAAGGGCUUUUCUUCAGCAUUUACUUGAAGAUUAACGUAGGAUGACAGGCUCUCCUGCUGUCCUGCCGUCAGCUCUGCCUUGCACUGUGGUCAACUUUCCUCAAAUCAAAAAUAGGCAGGUACAGGUAGUAGGCUCACAACGUUUGACCUCGACUGGUUUUUCUAAGUUAUUUUGUGUAUUUUUCAGCAGCAAAACCAAACUGGGUCUUCAGCUUUAUUCCCGUUUCUGGCAAGGGAAGAGCCUUUAUACAACUGGAUGCAUUUUGGUUUUUCCUCACUGAGAAUUCUAAUCCUCUUUUGUAUUGUUUUUACAAUAAUUUGUAAACAUAUUUAUUUUUACCUGCUUUUUUUUUUUUUUAACUUUUCAGGUCAAGUUUUUUAUACUGCACUUGUCAAAAUAAAGAUUCUCACAUAUGCUGGUUAUCUC